GGUCUCGAUUGGGAUAUGAAUCAAGCUAAGCUCUAGAACUAUAUGCUGUCGUCGAUCAUCAGAUUUGGAGUCACACGUAAACGAUGCGAGCUUUAUGCCAACAGGAUCUUAGAGACCGAAUAGUCCAAUUUUAGGGGUCCGAACCAGAUAAACUACGGCGGGCGUAGCAUCCCCGGGGCUAAUGCAAGAUGUGGACAAUCAGAAUCUGGUUCGUUUCCUACGUGUCCAAUCUUGACAGCGUUCAAAUAGGAAGUAAUUACUUGUCAAUCCCGAUGCAAGAUCACCUCCACUUGCGGCCUCGUGUUGCGGUCCAUCCCAUCAGGGCCGGACACAACAGCUGAUCAGACUUCGCCAUCAACAAUAAUUAUACGAAUUGGGUAGUAUUGUGGAUGUCAUCAAGAUCGCCUCCAAUCGACCUGAUAUUGAACGCGCAGACGGCGGAGACCUGUCGUGGAUAAAAAGGGACCACGACCUCCUGCAAAGAGUCUUGAAUAAUCAUCCCAAUCUCACAUCUUGUCUCUUUCAAGCUUCACUUGAGAGAUUCAACAGAACACACACAUUCGCCAUCAUGGGUUCCAUCGAAUCAGGAUACUACCCCGAAGCCUCCGGCAACACCAUGAGCUACGGUCAGAGCUAUGGUCAGAACAGCUACGGCCAGAACAACGGCCUAGCGACCACCGGCGGCCAUGCCAUGAACUAUGACCGGGGCAACAACUUCUCCGGCAACGGCCAGAGCUACGACCAAGGCUAUGGCCAAAGUAAUGGCCAACAAAGCUAUGGCCAAAAUAACGGCCAGAGCUAUAACCAGAGCAGCAACCAGAGCUACAGCCAAGUCAACAGCCUGAAGCAGUCCCCCUCCAUCCCCACCCUGAAACUGAAUGAUGGCAACGAGAUCCCAGUCCUUGCAUUCGGUCUCGGCUCUGCUUUCCACGGCGGCACUUCAGACUCAGUUCGCAACUCCGCAGUCUCAGCCAUCAGGAAUGGCUUCUACCACCUCGACGCCGCUGAGGUGUACGGAAACGAGAAGGAACUCGGUGCCGCCAUCCGACAAUCUGGUGUCCCGCGAUCGCAGCUCUACAUCACCACCAAGGUGUGGACCGUCGCAUCCAACGUCAAGGCGGCCUUCGACGCCUCGCUCGAGCGCCUCGGCGUCGACUACGUCGACCUGUACCUGAUCAACUGGCCCCAGAUCGCCGACAAGCCCGACCGACUACAACAGAUCUGGUCAGAGAUGGAAUCCAUCAAGCAGUCCGGGCGGGCCCGGUCCAUUGGUGUCUCCAACUUCCUACAGAACCACCUUGAGAUGAUCCUACAAACGGCACGGAUCCCUCCUGCCGUGAACCAGAUCGAGUACCACACCUACCUGCAGCACGGCAACCUCCUCGACUUCCACCGCCAGCACAAGAUCGUCACGGCGGCCUACUCGCCGCUCGCGCCCAUCACCAAGGCGCACCCGGGUCCCUGCGACAACAUCUUCGCGUCGCUCGCGCGGAAGUACGGCGUCGGCGAGGCUGACAUCGCUAUAAGAUGGGUGCUCGACCAGGGCAUCGUCGCCGUCACCACCAGCACCAGCGAGGAGCGCGUGCAGAGCCUGAGAAGGAAUCUGCCCACCUUCAAGCUGACCGAGGGCGAGAUCCAGGAGCUCGCCUACCAGGGCAAGCAGAAGCACUUCCGAGGAUACUUCAACGACAUCUACGGUCCCGACGACAGACGGUAGAGGGUCGCCAUCUAGCUAUACCUUCUCGGCUAGUAGUGGUAGUAGCUGCUAGACCGUCUUCACGGGAGGCAUAUUAGAAUGGGCCUAUCCUUUUUUCUAUUUUUUGAGUGGCGGGUUUUUCAGGUUCUGGUGAGGUCGGGUCGGAGGGGUCAUCAACAUCAUUGGUAGUGUUACAUCGCAUUAGGUCCAGCGGGCUGGAAUUGCUACCUGGCUUGGUCACAUAGAUCUGCUCAUCACACAAUAUUAGCACAAAUAUAGCUAAGGCUUCUUAGGCCACCAAAAA